AUGUCGUCAUCAUUUGAAGCAGAACUUAUAUUAUCUAGGCCAUACCUGACUCGCAAACAGAUAUCCAGAGCUCAGAAGAAUACGAUUUCCGAUUUACGAACAUAUUCACAAAAGAAAUUAUUAAUUAUUAAAUAUUUGAGUGAUAUGUGUGUGCAGUUGAAACUUCCAAGAAAAACAUUAGAAACUGCUAUCUAUUACUAUGAAAGAUAUCAUUUAUUUAAUGCAUUUGAAACAGAACUGAUACAUCUUUUAGCAACAAGUUGUCUAGUACUAAGUUGUAAACAAACAGAAACACUAAAAAAAAUCAACGAGAUUUGCCAAGUAUCAUAUAAAGUAAGAAAAAUUUCAAAAGUAAACCAAGAUAUGAUGGAAACAUUUAAAAAAAGAAUAUGCCAGACAGAAUUACGAAUAUUAGAAUCAUGUUCUUUUGAUUAUAGAGUCAAUAAUUUCCUCCAUAUAGACGAAUAUAUCAUUAAAAUUGGGAAAAGUUUACAAUUAGAAUCUAAGGUAUGUCAUUUAGCUUGGUUAAUCGCAUAUGAUGUUCUUAAAUCUGAUGUUUUAUUGAUCAUUCCACAGCAUUCUAUUGCAAUUGCAAUACUUAAAAUUUCAGUUGAACUUUUUAAUUUGAAGAAUGAUAAUAACGGCAAUGAAGAAAACAGUUCGAAAUGGUCUAAUGUAGAUUAUUCAUAUUUUGAAACUAAUGAAAAUUCAGUUAACGAAGCAUACUUUGAAAUUUCUAAUUUCUAUAUCAACACGUUUGAUAUAUGUGACUUACAAGGAAAUAUUCCACAUGACUAUCCGCAUAUUGGAAUUGAAUCAUUUAUAGAAUUAAAACAAACUGCCGGCUCACAAACAGGGUUAGAUGAACUUCCAAAUGAUGAUAUCGAUAGAGAUCCAUUCUUAUGUAAUAGUAGAAAUUCGAGUGUAAGAGAAAGAAGACAUGUAUUAUCAUCCAGAUUGGUCAUUGAAGAAUAUAAUUCUAUAAAUAAUAUACAGCAUAAAUGA